GUCCGUCAGGGCCGCCCCCCGCACGCGGGGCGGGGCUGGGGGGCGCUGGCCCUUUAAGGCAGCGAAGCCCCGCGCGCAUUCCAACCGCAUCUCCCCCCAACGGCGCGGCCGCGUCAUCGUUCCGGGAAGCAGAUGGCGUCAUCCCGUCCUCCCGCGGCGGAGGGGCGGGGACUUGAAACAAAGGAAUAAAAAUAGAAGCAGCAUGCAUUCACAGGGGUUGCUUAUCUGAUUUGAAGAGCUUUGCUGUGCAGGAAAACAGUAGUGCUGUACAGUGCAAACUUAAGCCAAAUACUGCUGUCAAAGAGGACGUGAAGGGAAGGCACACUUGGUGAAGAGAGGCUGCUGAUCUAUUGUUGAAUCAGCUCAUGCAGUGGGGAUGCCUUCAGGUAGGAAGAGUAGUUAACUUGGGAGCAAGAGUCUCAGGAAACAGUCCACCACAGUUUGGUUUAGUCCAAAGUUUAUCCUGUGCUGCCAUUGCAGAAGACCUCAGGGCUGUCCUGUUAAACCACUUGACGAUACUGUGGAACUCUCUUCACUUGGGCCCUGGGGAAAGAGGGUCAUCUCUGCAUCAGAAACUGGGAGGAACUUCGACAUUGAAGUUGAUGCCAUGAUUCAGAAAUGUAAAUGGGAUCAAAAUUGUGCCUAGAUCUCUGGAAGAGCGUUUGUGCCAAGUGGCAGUGUUGAGACUUAAUGGCUUCGUAACCCCCAGCCCAACAGAGGAGCAAAGACCUUCCAUCGGCCCUGCCUGGCCACCUGAGCUCACCCCCAGCACUAUCACUGCUGUGCCAGUAUGCUGUUGCUCCGAUCUACCUCCCAGUAAAACAAGUGUGCCAUUUUUUUCUUUUAAUUUUACCAUACAGUCCUCUAUUUUCAGAUUAUCAGAUUUCCCAGCGGGGCUGAAGCUGUGAGUCUGCAUUGCCAGGAGAAAAUUCACAUGGAUUUUUCUGCACUCUUCUGCAAGAAUAAGUGUAGAAAGAAAGAAACUGCUAAGAAACCAAGUGCUAACUUCAGCCAGUGUCACUUUUUCCUCCCAGUGGAGCAGAAAUCUGAGGGACUUUUCAUCUCCAGAGUACAGCAAUUAGCUGAGUGAAGAUGUGGAGCGAGUAUCUGAAAACCCAACAGAUGAGAGAGAAGGAGAGAUGGGAGUUGAUGAAGAUACCAGCUCUGCUAUUUUACCAGAUAGUGAACUGGGUACCAGUGCCCCUUCUUUGCGUUUCAGCAAGACCUGCCUAAAGAAUGUGUUUUCAGUAAUUCUCCUGUUUAUUUAUCUGCUGCUUAUGGCUGUAGCUGUGUUCCUUGUCUACCAAACCAUCAGUGACUUCAGGGAGAAGCUCAAGCACCCUGUGAUGUCUGUCUCUUACAAGGAAGUGUCCUUGUACGAUGCACCUGGUAUUGCCUUUUACCCAGGAAAGGCUCGUCUGCUUAGCUGCAAGCAUCAUUACUAUGAUCACAUUCUGCCUCUGAUAAAUCCAGGUCAGCCGGGAGAGAUUGACUGCACCACGCAGAGAAUCAACUACACAGAUCCUUUUACUAAUCAAACUAUGAAGUAUGCUUUGGUUGUUCAAGGCCCUCGUGAUGUGAAGAAGAAGGAACUGGUGUUUUUGCAGUUUCACUUAAAUGGAACAGACCAAGAUUUUAGUGCCAUUGACUACCUUCUGUUUUCUUCUUUCCAAGAGUUCAUCAACAGUCCAGAAAAAGCUGAAUUCAUGAAGGACUGUGAGAGUUCAUACUCCAGCUGGAAGUUUUCUGGAGGCUUUCGUACUUGGGUCAAGAUGUCCUUGGUGAAAACAAAGGAAGAGGAUGGUAGUGAGACUGUGGAAUUCAAACAAGAGACUAGUGUGGUUAACUAUAUUGACCGGAGGACUAAGCUGACAAGUGACCAGCUGUUUUUUGUGGUAUUUGAAUGGAAAGACCCUUUUAUACAGACCGUUCAAGAUAUAAUCACAGCAAACCCUUGGAACACGAUCGCUCUUCUUUGCGGAAUCUUUUUGGCUCUGUUUAAGGCGGCAGACUUUGCUAAGUUAAGCGUUAAGUGGAUGAUCAAAAUCCGAAAGAGACACCUGAAGAGGAGGAGUCAAGUAAUGAACCAUAUAAGCUGAGACUAAGACUACCUUGUAACUGUUUGCAGCAGAAGGAACAGAACUGGACUGAGCUCCCACUGGCAAUACAGCGAGCAGGUAUGUUUUCUUCAGGAAAAGCACAGCUGCCGGAGGAACAGCCUCGUGAACUGACAUCUGAACUUCUCAGAAGAGCUUAACUCUAGGAACACUAGGACAGCUCUAACAAACUCAUGCUUUUCUAUUCCACAUUUAACAAACUUACCUCGAUACGUGGGGGGAGUGAGGAAACAGGUGACUAAUGUAGCAGUUAAGUUUAAAAAAAAAAAAAGCAACUGUUUUGAAUGCUUUUCAGAACAGGAGGGUGCUAAACUUGCCUGAGCUCGGACCUGCAUCUGCUACCAGAAUGCAGUUACUUCCUUGACCGCGUGUAGGGGAAGGUAAAACCCAAACAGCAAAACAGUCUGGCCUCCCCUCUCCGAAGAAUGUUAAAACAAAAUACACUGGAAUUCUACUACUCUUUAAAUUUUUCAUUUAAAGUGUAUUGAGUUGAAUAUUAAAGAAAAAAAAAAUUGAGCUGUCACAUCCUUCUCUGAAACUGCCUGCUCUCAGAUGCAGCUGGAGCUGUGCAGGAGGUAAUCCAGACAGGAGCGUUAAGGCACGAUGUGUAAGUUUAAUAAAUAAGCAGACUUUUA